CACCAGUUAAUUGCAGUGUGCUGUUCGCUGCUCCACUUGGUGACGGCGUCGCUCGUACCGUCCAUGUGUUCCAGCAUUUUUUAAAUUGAACAAGUGGAUUCUUAAGUGCCUAGCGCAAUUCGUAGUUUGGUUCGUGCUAACGUCCGCUGUGAUUUUUGGUACGGAAAUUGAUGCUAUUUGAAUUAUUACUAUGGCACACACGAUUCUCCUUCUUCAACCGGGUAAACCCGAAUCAAGGACCUAUUCAGAUUUUGAAAGUGUCAACGCGUGCAUGGAAGCAAUCUGCCACGUGUUUGAGGAGCAUUUGAAGCGGCAGAAUCCACAAUCAGCGUCGAUCACCUAUGAUAUCUCUCAGCUUUUCGACUUCAUCGAUCAACUUAAUGAUCUCACCUGUCUGGUUCAUCAGAAGACAACAAACACGUAUUCACCGUAUAAUAAAGCCUGGAUAAAAGACAAGAUUUAUGCUUUGCUACGGCAGCAAGCCAGCCACUGAUCUAGACGUACAAAAUAUAUUUUCUUUGUUGAAUUACUUUACAUGCGAUGGGUACACUACAGCGAGCCAAAACCUAAUACUUUUAAGAACAGUUUUUAAGUAUCGUGAUUUGCGAAUCAGCUCUCAAACAAUCCUAACCAACGCCACGAACAACUUUGUGAAAACCUGUGACCUGUGGGCCAUUACAGCAGACCUCAGACUGAAGGUUUGUUUUCGGGAUUGCCUUAAGUACUAGUAAAUGACGCUUGAUUCAGUUAUUCGGUCGAUAACGAGCCUGUCACAAUAUGAAGCGGAUGCCGAUACGCCCGUGCUUAUAGGCUUUGAAGCAACAAAAUUGGUUUGCGCUUGAUGAUAUCCCAAGAGCAAGUAGGAGCGAAGAACGGUUUGUGUAUGAUGUAAUAUAUAUUUAGCCCUUCAAUGCUACUUGACGGUGUCGCAUUUAAAAAUUCACUCAGCGUACGCAUCUUUAUACUCUGGCUCAACAAUGUUAUACCCUAGAACAAAAUAGCCACCUCAUUCAAAAAUUCAAAGACAAACCGCGUCAUGAGGAAUCCGUAGCCAUAACAUAUCCAUUUGAUUACAGGCAUUUUACACGCUAGAUGUUUCGCAUGAACACAUUUGAAGUCUAUGAGCUAGUAAACGUUUCUAAAAGAGUGGGCACUCAAUUAGCAAUAAGUGAGAGACGAGAGGAACAAGGUUUCGAUGACAAAAUGAAUUAAAACAAUUAAUUUUUUAUGUGAGCACCUUUCUUUUUCGACUGCCAGCAUUUAACAUUCAUUUUAGCCCAACUAAUUAAACAAUGCAUUAUCAGCAUAUGAUGCAUUAUGUGAGUACUUCUUAUGCUUCUAGCCUGUUUGCUGUUUGAUUUUUGGGCCUACACGUUCGAGUAAAGUUUCAGUUUUGGCUGUCUUGGUAUUGAUCCCGAUAAUCAAAUACACAUAACAAGCAUGCGGUUGAGCAACGUACGUGUUGAUCUUUGUAUGAAAGAUUAUGAAUAAUUACCAUUUCGAUUCAAUGUAUAUGAUAUGCGAAGUGCUUAAUUUAUUUUACUACAAACACGAUUCGUCACCUUUCGAUACGGAAGAAAUUGAUAGUGUAAAAUAAAUUUGACAAAAUGUGAUGCUGCCAUUAUAAUCAUAAGUCUAUGAGUUCGGUUUCUAAUCGAAAUUUCGAUACUUUUUAUUAACUAGGCUUAAUCUGUAAGUCGUUGCAUCGUUUUGGUUGGAAACACUUGGCUCAGAACAGGGUAGAAUAUAAAUCUGCAGCCAAUAAAAAAUAGGCUUACAGCGCGAGCAGCACCUUUUUCAUCUAUGAACGUCGACUCAAAGUAUACAUCUACCUUUGUCCUUUUUAUGAAAAACGUAUGACCUGCUAAGGCAAACAUUGAGAAAACGCAUCUCGGUGUCUGUCCGAGCCAAACCACGUGUAGUUUCUAUCACAAAAGUACUUCAGUAACAACCGUUAUAGCCAUAACUAUUGCGAGAAGAAAAGUUUAGGCGUUGGAUACGAGCGGUGAUGAAGAGAACAGCUGAGAGAGGGAGACAGUUAACGCGCUCUAUUCGGUCUCUCAUUCUCAGGCGGCGGGUCGAGUUAGUUUGUUGGAGUGCUCGUCGUAUAGAACCUUGCCCCCUGGCUCUUCCAUCUAUUCGACUGCCUGUCUCUUCACUCAUUCUGCAACGACGCUGAUCGGUUAAGAAAUCAUCCACAUUAAAUCCUCUCUUUUAUCAACUUCA